AUGUAUGUUUGUCGAACAUUUUUCACUUCAUUGAAAAAAGUUUGCAACAUAAAAACUCCAAAUGUCUUCAUGUCAGACGAUUUCCCUGGUUAUUAUGCUGCUUGGUGCGCGGUAUUUGGGACACCAGCGAACCAUCUGUUGUGUACCUGGCACGUACUUAAAAAUUGGAACAAACAUAUUCUAUCCAUUCCUGAUCCUGAAGCUAGAAAGAAGAUAAAACAUGACCUUCUCUCCAUUCAUCGUGAGCUUGACCAGGUUGAAUUUAGCCGCUUGUAUGAUUUCUUUUGCAAGAAAUAUAAAAUAGUCAAAUCAACAGUAGAUUUUGUUUCGUAUUUAGAGGUAAACUAUGGUAGUAGAAAGCAACAAUGGGCUUUGUGUUAUCGUAAAAAAUUAGGUAUAAACACUAAUAUGCACCUCGAGAACUUUCACAGGAACCUCAAACAUAUUUAUAUGGAUGGUAAAAAAGUUAAAAGAAUGGAUGAAUCGAUAUCCGCACUAAUGAAAUUAACUUAUGGAAUGCAAUACGAUAAACUAAUAAGACAGACAAAAGGAUUUGUCCCUACCAAGUUGUCUGAAUUGCGAAACAGGCACCAGCGAGCAUUAAACUGUACGUUUGACUUUUCGCACGACCAAAAUGAUUCAACUAAAUGGAUAAUAAUCUCAAAUAGUGAGCUGCUCAAUAUGUACACCGUCACCAUUAAGAAGAAAAGUGAUUGCUCAUGUUUGAUACACUGUCAAGCUUGUGAUCUCUGUAUAAGUGAGGUUUCAUGCGAAUGCUUCGACUUUAUGAUUAAAGGGAAUAUGUGUAAGCACAUUCACUUCAUUGGUAUGAAACGGAAUGAGACCGAUGCUAUGAAUGAAUCCAAUCAAAUAUCGCUUGAGGAUGAUCUUGAAUUGGAAAUGCCAAGUCAAGACAUCGAGAAAGCAGAGGCCCAUGUUCAUCUUCUACCAACUAGCACAAAUGAUGUUAAGCGUACUCUGGAAGAGCGAAAGCAAAAAAUGAUCGCUGAGAUUUGUUCGCUUGUAAAUUCUUGUGUUUCAAUCGCUGAACUUGAUUCAUUACAAAAGUUUAUUGUUCCAAUGCAGCCUACCCUCUCAGCCAUACGAUCAACUGCUGGUAAAACUAUCUCCCCUUCUGCUGGAUCACAAGGUAGCGGUAGAAAUAUCGACCAACAGAAAAGAUUCAGGAACAAGAAGAGAAAAAUUGUAACAAAGACAAAAGACUUAGUUCACGAUUCUUUAGCGAGAGAGCUUUUUUCGAGUCAAUUUAAUGACUAA